GCUUUUGUGUUCAUAUUUUGUGUUCAGCAGCGCUGGUGCCUUUGACAUUCAAGGGACAGAUGUUAUAUGGAAUGAGAGUGUCACAGGUCAGCGCACCAUUAAGAAGCUAACUUCUGUGUAGAAUACAUAUGGCAAACUUUACUUUUAAGCAUACUUUCCAUCAUUAGUCAAAAUAUUACUAAAAGUUACUGCUGUAGUUUUGAUGAAGUGUCAGUGGCGCUCAUUUGGAUACAAAUCAAAAGUAGUGGUGCUCUGCUCUGUUGCCAACUUCAUCAAUGCAGCAGACAGAGUUCUUAUGCCACUAGCCAUUGUGCCCAUGGCAAGUGAAUAUAAAUGGAGUUUGUAUUGGCAAGGAUGGAUCUUAUCUGGAUUUGCUUUUGGUUAUUUUACAAGCCAGAUCCUCGGAGCAAUUGCAGUUAAUAAUUAUGGUGGGCGAAGAGUUCUUUGUUUUGCAGUACUCCUAUGGUCACUCUCUACUGCUGCCACACCGUUAGCUGCUGCACAUCUUCCUGCACUUAUUUGUACAAGAGUUAUUUUAGGCCUUGGAGAAGGACUUGGUUUGCCAACAAUCUUUCAACUCUUCGCCCAACACAUCCCCGCUGAGGAACGUAGUCGAGCCUUUGGAUACAUGGUUGCUGCUGGUUCUGUAGGCCAAACUAUUGCAUCCCUGUUUGUCCCUCACUUGGACUGGCAUAUAAGCUUUGAAUUGUUUGGCUUUGUGGGCCUAGUAUGGGUGGUGUGCUGGCUGCUUACCUACCAUGAUCCACCCAUUCUACCAGAUGAGGAGGGACAACAGCUAAUUGAACAAGAAAAAGUGUGUGUAAGCUGGUCAGAGUGGAUAAGCCAUUGGUCAUUGUGGUCCAUUUAUAUUGCACAUUUUGCCAUGAACUGGAGCAACUAUAUCAUCAUGCAGUGGCUGCCAACAUACCUAUCACGGACACUGGGAGCAAACAAAGAGAGUAUGAGUCUCACUGCAGUGCCUUAUAUUAUCAACUCACUUUGUGGUGUAGCCUGGGGUCACAGUGCUGAUCAGUUAAUAUCAGUAGGCUGGCCAGUAUUAAGGGUGCGGCGUUUGAUGACACUCUUUGGCCUUAUGGGGCCUGGACUUUGUCUCACCUUGUUCCCAGAAGUUUCAAACUUGGUUGUUGCUGUUCUGUAAGUUUAUUAAUUCUUAGUUUUAUUGAAUGAUAAAUAAAUUAUUUAAAAAAUCUUCCUUAUAUAACAACAGCAUUAUAUUUCCACCAAAGCUUGUCAUCAAGUGAAAUAAUAUUAAAUGUAAUCCAUUUUCUUUCAGACUCAAGUUGUAUAGGUAAUUGCAAUGAUAUACAGGAAAAACAAAUUUGAUAUACACUACUAAUAAUACUUUAUUCCUACAAGAUGUAUUAUUUUAACAACAUUGGUAUGCAGAGCAUAACCAUUGAUAUGUAUACAAGGAAAUAUUUUUUUUUUUUUUAUUAUCACACUGGCCGAUUCCCACCAAGGCAGGGUGGCCCGAAAAAGAAAAACUUUCACCAUCAUUCACUCCAUCACUGUCUUGCCAGAAGGGUGCUUUACACUACAGUUUUUAAACUGCAACAUUAACACCCCUCCUUCAGAGUGCAGGCACUGUACUUCCCAUCUCCAGGACUCAAGUCCGGCCUGCCGGUUUCCCUGAAUCCCUUCAUAAAUGUUACUUUGCUCACACUCCAACAGCACGUCAAGUACGUAUUAAAAACCAUUUGUCUCCAUUCACUCCUAUCAAACACGCUCACGCAUGCCUGCUGGAAGUCCAAGCCCCUCGCACACAAAACCUCCUUUACCCCUUCCCUCCAACCCUUCCUAGGCCGACCCCUACCCCGCCUUCCUUCCACUACAGACUGGUACACUCUUGAAGUCAUUCUGUUUCGCUCCAUUCUCUCUACAUGUCCGAACCACCUCAACAACCCUUCCUCAGCCCUCUGGACAACAGUUUUGGUAAUCCCGCACCUCCUCCUAACUUCCAAACUACGAAUUCUCUGCAUUAUAUUCACACCACACAUUGCCCUCAGACAUGACAUCUCCAC